GCGCGCGGCUGUGACGUCACGGGUGGCGGCGAGGCGCGCGCGGCUGAACGGCGCCGCUGCCGGCCCGCGGCCAUGCCCAAGCGGGGCUGUCCGUUCGCGGACGCGGCCCCGCUGCAGCUGAAGGUCCGCGUCGGCCGGAGGGAGCUGAGCCGCGGCGUCUGCGCCGAGCAGCACUCGCGGGAGAUCUUCGAGAAAACCAAGCAGCUGCUGUUCCGCGGGGCUCAGGCCUACAUGGACCACGUGUGGGAGGAGAGCUGUGCCGUCGUUGAGCUGCCGGAGUCCCCGAGGCCGGGCCCCACAGAGGCCCUCCGGGCCGCACGGGGGCAGAUGCUGAUUGGACCCGACGGCCGGCUGACCAGGAGCCAGGCCCAGGCCGCUGAAGCUGACCUGUCCGGGGCCGUGACCAGAGCCUGCUCCUCCUGUGUGCGCACGCUGGACGGGACGGCGGUGUGCGGCCAGUGUGAACGCGCCCUGUGCGGGCGCUGCGUGCGCGCCUGCUGCCGCUGCGGGGCCGUGGCCUGCAGCCUGUGCGCCCUUGUGGAGGUCUCUCCUCAUGACUGUCCCCUGUGAUUUGCUGGACCACUACGGCCCACUGCGGAGACGUUCACGAGACGCUGCUGUGUGCCGGCUGCGCCAUGCUCGAGGCCUGAGGCCCAGGGCGGAUGCCAGCUUUCCGGACGGGCCGCACGGGCGCUGCUGCUGCCGAGCUGGGGGCCGGGGCGGGGGUCUGUUUUAUAUUUUGUACUGAGGGCAGAGUGAAUAAACCCCUUUAUAUUUGGA